AAGGAGUGGUGCGUUGACGUCACAGAGAGGAAGCCAUUUUCCGGACAGUCAGCGGUUGAGUGGUUGGACCCUUUAGGUGUGGAUAGAGCUGAGCUUCCGGACUUUUCACCGCUUCUCGGUACAUACAGGUCAAGCCGGGCUUUGAAAUGUUUUCCCUGUCCACGUUUCAGCCGCAGAUCAAAAGGACACUGUCUACCUCUAGCAUGACUUCACAGAAUCACUUGGUGACUGUCCCUCUAAGUCAGCUGAUCAGCACUUUCCAUUCCCUUAAAAGUUCGGCAAGCUCAGUCAGUUCUGCAUCUAUACAAUGUCUGCAACGAGAAGCAAACCAAGAACGUGAUCAAGUUAAUGAGCCUGCACUUAACCUAAGGGAAUUUGGAUUAUCUGAUUUGAAAACCAGCCAACUAGCUGAAUUGGCAGACAGAUUGCUUCCAUGUUUAUCUCCAAGUGACUCAAAUCCUGAACAGUCGUCACAGUGGCAGAAGUCCCAUAUUUCAUCACAGUCCUUCUUUGAAAAUAAACAUGGAUUUUCAAGCAAUAUCUUCAAUGUGCUACGUGCAUCUCAGCUUUCUCGACAGCACCCAAGGCCACUACAGACACUCUGUUCCAACCUCCACCUGUGCCCAAUCCAAGAGCAAAUACGUGGCUUUAAAACUCUGAGGUCAAGACCAAGGAGACUAGCAGCAUCUGAGCAUUUAGUUGAAUCAGAAAGUAUCGCUCCUUCUUCAUUUAUGAAGGGGCUUCUGUUGAGGGACCGAGGUCGAGAGGUUGAAAAUUUGGACAGCUUGAUAAAAACUAAAAAUAUUCCUGAUGCGCAUCAAGAUGCAUUUAAAACUGGUUUUGCAGAGGGCUUCCUAAAAGCACAAGCUCUUACACAAAGGACUAAUGACUCUUUAAGAAGAACAAGGCUAGUUCUUCUGUUCCUCCUCUUGCUUGGGAUUUAUGGCCUAUCCAGAACUCCGUUCUUAUCUGUGCGAUUUCGUACUACAUCAGGACUGGAUGCAGCGGUGGACCCAAUUCAGAUGAAAAAUGUAACCUUUGAACAUGUGAAAGGGGUGGAGGAAGCGAAACAUGAGCUACAAGAAGUAGUGGAAUUUUUGAAAAAUCCCCAGAAGUUCACUGUAUUAGGAGGCAAACUGCCUAAAGGUAUUCUUUUAGUUGGACCCCCGGGAAAUGGGAAAACUCUCCUUGCAAGAGCUGUCGCAGGCGAAGCGGACGUACCAUUCUAUUAUGCAUCAGGAUCAGAAUUUGAUGAAAUGUUUGUUGGUGUUGGAGCUAGUAGGAUAAGGAAUCUGUUUAGGGAGGCAAAAGCAAAUGCACCCUGUGUCAUUUUUAUUGAUGAGCUGGAUUCUGUUGGUGGCAAGAGAAUUGAAUCUCCCAUGCAUCCUUAUUCUAGACAGACCAUAAAUCAGCUAUUGGCAGAGAUGGAUGGUUUCAAGCCCAAUGAAGGUGUCAUUAUAAUAGGAGCUACAAACUUUCCCGAAGCAUUGGACAAUGCCCUUGUCCGUCCAGGUAGAUUUGACAUGCAAGUUACAGUUCCUCGACCAGAUAUAAGAGGGCGAAUAGAGAUUCUUAAGUGGUAUCUUGGCAAAGUUAAAGUUGAUCCAGCAAUUGAUGCAGAAAUAAUAGCUAGAGGCACAGUGGGUUUCUCGGGGGCAGAACUGGAGAAUCUGGUCAACCAGGCUGCCCUAAAAGCAGCUGUUGAUGAAAAAGAUCAAGUUACAAUGAAAGACUUGGAAUUUGCCAAGGACAAAAUCCUUAUGGGGCCAGAACGCAGGAGCAUUGAGAUUGAUUUGAAAAACAAAACAAUCACAGCAUACCAUGAAUCAGGACAUGCUAUAGUAGCACAUUUCACAAAAAAUGCUAUGCCCAUUAAUAAAGCUACAAUAAUGCCAAGAGGACCUACCCUGGGACAUGUAUCAUUGUUACCAGAAAGUGACAGAUGGAGUGAAACCCGAGCUCAGUUACUUGCUCAAAUGGAUGUCAGCAUGGGUGGCAGAGUGGCAGAAGAACUCAUCUUUGGAACAGAACAAAUUACCACAGGUGCUUCAAGUGAUUUUGAUAAUGCAACCAAAAUAGCUAAGUUGAUGGUCACAAAAUUCGGAAUGAGUGAUAAGCUUGGAGUGAUGACUUAUUCAGAUCCAGACAGAGUAAGCCCAGACACUCAAUCUGCUAUUGAACAAGAAGUCAGGAUAUUAUUGAGGGAUUCUUAUGAAAGAGCAAAGCAAAUCUUGAAGACUCAUGCAAAGGAACACAAAACUCUUGCAGAAGCUUUACUGAAGUACGAGACACUGGAUGCCAAAGAAAUACAGAUGGUUCUUGAGGGAAAGAGACUCGAGCUAAAAUAACUUCCCAUUGGAAUAGAGACUUGGUCCAUGCUAUUUACCCAGAUGUAUAUAUGUGGAAGAGCAGUAGCCCACUGAAUGUAUACUAUAGGCAGUUUUAACUCUUGAGGGCAUUGUUAGUAUUUUCGUAGUCACAGAAAAUGAUCAUUCCCUCAGCGAAAUUAUCUAAAAUCUGUGCUCUGGAGCUGUUUUAGAUCCUAGCCCAACCAUGCCCAUUGAAUAAAUGGAUGAGUUUUUAAGUGAUUUUACAUUUAUGAACAUUUUGCUCUGUGUAGUGUAAGAUCUAAAGAUGGUGAGCAUGAUGAAACAUGGUGAGCAUUGUUGCCUUCAACUAUUUUCUUUUUUCCCCUCUUUGUAUUUUAAGUCUAUUUAUAUACACAUUUGAGAUGCAAUUUUGGUGAGUGCUUCCCAGUAAAAUUAAAAUCAGAUGAAAUACUGCGGGGUUGCUUUCAUCAUUGACUCAUUCAGGUAUUUGUUCAUUUAUUUGUCUAUUUAUCCCUAGACUGCUACUGGGCAUUCCAACCUUUCAUUACCUUUUCUGUACUCCGUAUUUUUGGGGUUCGUAAUAUUAAAGCAAGAGUCUCUCUGAUGCUGAAGUGCGCAAAAAUAGUUACUUAUUAAGUCACCACUAGCUUUCUAGCUUUGCCUUAAGUAGCUAUGAGGGCAUAAUUGCACAGAAUGCAAAAUAUUUCCCCUCAUCCUUUUUUCUGUAUUGUAGAAUAAACAGUGUAUUGUAGGAAUUGGAAACCAGAGAAUGUAUAGAAAGUUUAUUAAAGUUGUACUUUUUAUUUUGAAUAUUAGCGGUAAGUACCUCAGAUUUUGAGAUUUCUAUUGACACCUAAAAUAAAGAGUCAUAUCUGA